GAAAAGUAGAAAAAUGCUUAAACGCACUGUAGGACACCUAUAUAGGUAUCAAGAAUUCGAAAUGCACAAUGAGGCCAAAUAUCCCUUUAAUUAUCCUAGAGAAGCUCCGAAUACGUCCGUGUUUCCCCAGUUUCAACUUAAUUUUUGGAUGUUUUGGGGGUUUGGUCGGCAGGAGUUAUGGAUGGACACUGAAACUCGACGCUAUGAAACAUUUUGGGAAAUGACUCGUCGCUUUCUUAUGUGGUUUUUCCCCUGUUAUUUUAUUUUUCCUUUCGGCAUACCCAAAUGGAUCGCCUCUAACGUUUAUGGUGAAUAUGGUGAGAAGCCAUUUUUAGAUCAUACUAUGCACUUCCCGAUGGAUAAUAACUAUAUCGAAUGGGGAGGCAGCUCUCUUGAUGCAGAGUGGCUUCGUCAUAUCCACUCGAAGGAAUCAUUCUGAAGGUAGUAUAGUAAAUUAUAUUUCCAGGGUAGGGCCUUUUUCCUGUAACUCCGAAUAGUAUUUAGAAAGUAAAUUAAUAUUUAGGAGAAUUUUUUUUUUUGCUUUUAGUAUUUAUACGAAAAUAAAAAUGUCUUAAUAUCUAUUUUUUGCUAUAUAUAUUAUUAUUAUUUUUUUAGUCCCUAUUGA